AUGGAGACCUCAACAGAGCACAAAGCUUAUCGCUCUGCACCUCAGCCACCGAGCCAGGAAACUUCGGAGCAUCGGGUUCCGAACAACGAUGUGCAAGGGCAAUCUUGCUCUUUGCAUCAAUCAACAGUUAUCGGACAACUCGUCAGCAUAUUCCUAGCCAACGUCAAGUCUCGAUUUGGAGAAGACUCGCCUGAAGUCAUGACAAUUUGGAACGUCCUCGGUGCAUUUCGAGCUGGGAGGGAAUCCAAGAAAGACACCCUCAUCACCAUCAACCACGCACUGGGCCACCACAGAGACCUCAAGCAAGAUCUCAUGAAGGUACUGUACCAUCCCGAAGCAAAAUGGCAGACAGGCGAUUUCGAGCUUGAGCCCCAUCAGCCCAUGCACUCCCCUACACCUAGCUUCUUACAACCGGUUCAUCAACCCCAGAUCCGCUUGCCGCCAAUCUUGUGGUUCGAGAACAGACAGACCUACCCGUCGAUCAGUUCUGGUCAUGAUCGGAACCGGCCUCCUAUCGUACCCAAGCUGGAAGUCAAUCACACAAAAUCUCCAUCGGUCCCUUGCUCUGACAUUCCUGCUCGUCCCCACGAAAGCCUUACGCUUCAAGCAGGGCCUUUGGAGAGUGUGUCAUCCGAGACGACUAGAAUUCCUGUUCUCGGUGUUCCAGUGGCGGUUGAUGCUGGCCAGACCGUCAACGAUAUGCCGCCGCCUUCAAACAAGCGUCGCCGCGAAGCUUUUGAAGAAAAGGCUUUGCAAGAGGCAACAGACCGAGCGAGUUCUGAUACCACUGACCAUAUUCGCUUGCUAACCGCAGAUAUGGACCAACCGGUCGCUAAGCGCCAGUCGGAGAAGAAUUCCAAAGCAAAGCAUCCACAAGCUGAGAGCGGAUCGAAAUCAUACAUUCAUAGUCUGUGUGGUAGAGGUUUCUCAACCAGAUCAAAAGUCAAGAAACAUCAUUGGGGGAACGUGUUGAAUGAUCUGGAGACAACUACAGGCUGUUGGGCGAAGCACGGAAAGCCGAAUGUCAGCUGGGACGAGCAUCCAAGUUGUACGGAAGGGGUGAGGGUACCUGGUCAUGCUAAGAUCACACCAGCAGCGAUGGGAAAAGACGAGCCUCAAGCAGCACCUCACAUGAUGGCUUCGAUGAUGCCCGCCCCCGAUGAACCGCCUGAAACCGCGGCGCGUUCUGUUGAUCUUCGUGAACAUUAUCAAGAAGCCUCUCAAGGCCCUGGGCUGUACCACUCCCAUCGGCCACCUAACCGAUCUAGUUUCGACACUCUUUUGAGUGCAGUGAACGCUGCCUCUGAAAUCGAUGCACGGAACCCGCAGGGACGUAUCGACUCUGUCGUUACUCAUAUCGGUGCGCAGGCUACUGCCGUCGAAGAUACGAGGCAGUACGUAGUGAACUGGCAAAACACAGUGUGGGGCCAUGACGAAGAAGCGGCGGCUAGUGGAUACCCGCACCCAUAUACUACGCUCCAACCCAGUAUGAUGUAUCCGUUGGGGGGAUACCAUGUGCCUGUAGAGGUUGCUCUGCCCUUUUAUGGAAGGCCUCAGUCGCAUACUCCGCAGAUGUACCCAUGCACUGAGGGAAACUGGAUCGACGAUCAGGUAUCCAUGCUGGAGGGUGCAUACAGCAGCCCCGCGCCCCUGGAGCCACGGUGCCCUGACCCGUACGCAGGGAGCCGACCGAUGUAG